CAUAGGAAUGACAACAUUUUGUAUUUUCUUGUACAUUAUUUAUCCCUUGUACACAAAUAAAACACAAAAUCUAGUGGGAGAUAACGCCAAGUUCAUAUUCUCAAGUUGGUUUCCAUUCAACAAAACUGAACAUUUCACAUUGGUUUAUGUGCUGCAUGUAGUGGCUGGAUAUUAUGGAUCUGCAUAUGCUGUGUACUCGGACGCAGCUUUUUUCUCUAUUAUGAUUUAUUGUGUGGGGCAAAUGAAGAUAUUGCAACAUUAUUUAUCCAAUAUCUACAAGUAUUCCAUUGAUUAUCAAAAAAUUAACAACUGUAAUUUGGAUGAAGCCCAAAUAUGCGUUGUAAAGAAAUUUAUAGUGAUGCAUCAAGAUAUCAUAUCUUUUGUAGAAUUAUUGGAUGAUGCCGUAAAAGUAUUUAUGAUGAUCGACUUCAUAAUGCUCUCCGUCAAAAUGACAAUUUUAAUCAUUCAAUUUAUUUCAUAUCCAGUUAUUAAUGUUGAAACUUCUCGAACAAUAACUCAUUUGAUAGCAACCAUAUUGGAAAUUAGUUUCUUGUAUUGGAAUGGAAAUGAAGUAAUUGUUCAGAGCACUACAGGCAUUUCUUCUGCUAUAUUUAACGGUGACUGGUAUUUAAUGAACGAAAAGGCUAAAAAAUAUGUGUAUUUUAUGAUGAUGAGAACUGAGAGACCUUUAAAAAUAAGCAUUGGACCUUUUUCAGCAGUAACUCUCCAAGCAGCUUUAAGCAUAAUAAAAUCAAUUUAUUCCUAUGUGGCUGUGAUCUACAAAAACUAGAAAUCAAAUAUAAUGAUUUCAGAGAGAUAUGAAGAUAUAAUAGAAAUAUUAGAUAAUUACAGUGCAGUCAGAAAACUAUAGUAUAUUUUUGAAACUGUGUUGAUAGAAAAUAAAUUGAUUUGUAAAAUUUA